AUUGUUCCUCAGUUUAAGAACAAUGGUCCACGGUGACGAGUUACAAUACGGUUUUCUAGCAUAUUUCUUAACGAGUAUUGCUAUAUUUUUAUUUUCCGCUGCUAUUUAUGGUCUAAUUUUAUAUAUAACCAAAUUUAAACGUAUCAUUGAAAUAACCAGCAAUAUACCUAGUGCUCCUACAUGGCCUAUCAUAGGUCAUGCCUAUCAUUUUAUUGGCGUACCCGCCCACAUGAUGUUGCAACGUAUUUGGAGUUUAGGUGAAGAAAAUUUACGCGAUACAAAAUGUAUGAAAAUUUGGCUGGGACCAGAAUUGAAUCUUCUAACAAGUGAUUUAAAAGAUAUUGAAAUUGUAUUGGGCGGCAUAAUACAUAAUGAAAAAGCUAGCGAAUAUCAGGUUUUAGAGCCCUGGUUAAAGGAAGGUCUACUUAUAUCGCGUGGACGUAAAUGGCAUCAGAGACGUAAAUUGAUAACGGGUGCAUUUCAUUUUCAAAUUCUGCGACAAUUUAUUGAUAAUUUUGAAAAUGAAACACGUGUAAUGAUAAAGGAGUUGGAAAGAAAACUCCAUAAAAAUGGAUCUACUUCUGAGAUAAAUCUCUAUGAGUUUAUAAGUCUAUGUACUUUGGAUGUUAUAUGUGAAUCCGCCAUGGGUGUUUCAGUGCAUGCACAAACCAAUGCCGAUUCCGAAUAUGUAAGAGCAGUCAAAACCAUUUCCACUGUCCUACACAAACGUAUGUUUGACAUAUUAUAUCGUUUCAACUUAACCUAUCAAUUUACAAAAUUGGCACGUGAAGAAAAGAAAGCUUUAGCUAUAUUACAUGGAUUCACCGAAAAGAUUAUCGUCCAGCGACGUGAAGAACUUUUAAAGGCCCAGGAUAAUGUAACAGAACCGCAUGAAGAUGAUAUCGGUACAAAACGUAAAAUGGCCUUUUUGGAUAUCUUGCUACAGUCUGAAAUCGAUGGUAAACCUUUAAGUAAUUUAGAUAUACGUGAGGAAGUGGAUACUUUUAUGUUUGAGGGUCAUGAUACCACUUCGUCAGCGAUUACUUUUUGUUUUUAUAAUUUGGCUAUGAAUCCGAAAUGUCAACAGAAAUGUUUUGAGGAGAUAAUACAGGUAUUCGGUACAGAUAAAAGCAAACCGGUAACCUAUGAGGAUCUUAAUAAUUUACACUAUGUGGAGUUGUGCAUCAAGGAGACCUUGAGAAUGUUUCCCUCUGUGCCUUUGUUGGGCAGAAAAGUAACCGAAGAGUGUGAGAUAAAUGGCAAAAUUGUUCCCGCCGGCACUAAUAUAGGAAUAUCUCCUUUACAUUUGGGUCGCCAAGAGGAACUAUUUCCCGAACCCGACACCUUUAAACCCGAACGUUUUGACAUAGACUAUACCACAGACAAGAUGAGCCCCUAUGCGUAUAUACCUUUCUCGGCGGGUCCACGCAAUUGUAUCGGUCAAAAAUUUGCCAUGUUGGAAGUUAAGACUGUUUUGACUAAUGUUUUGCGUCACUAUGAGCUGGACUAUGCGGGUAAUAAGGAUGAGGAAUUAUUGUUAAUUGCCGAAUUGAUAUUAAGACCCAAGGAUCCUUUAAUGUUUAAAAUUAAGCCCAGAGUUUAUUAGAUUUAUUCGUAAUGUGUGUUUGAAAAGUAUGUUAAUGUGGUUCGAUUUUUUAUAUAUAUAGAUUUAUGUUUAUAACAAAAAUAAUUUUAAUUAUGUUAAAAUUCUUAAAACUA